AUGGAUCGCCGAAUGGGCUUUGAACCCUUUACUGGACCCGGAGAUCAGGUUGGUUGGCUCUUUACAAUGCAGCCAACAGAUAUACUUGAUCCUGAUUCUAAAAGGCUUGCUAGCAGGGUCUAUCAGCCUUACUUCUUCGUGGCAGUGAAGGGGAAGCCAGGCAUAGAGCGUGACGUGAUCACCUAUUUGACUCGUAAAUACGCAGGUAGGCUUGCUCGUGUGGAUACUGUAGAGAAGGAGGACCUGGAUUUGCAGAAUCAUCUAAUCGGACUGAAAGCUACUUUUUUGCGUCUGGCUUUCUACACUGUGCAGGAGUUGUUACGGGUGCGUCGCGACCUCAGCUUCAGAGUGGCGAAAAAUAAAGAAUUAGCCAAAUUGGCUUCUAGCUACACCGAUCUGCUGGCUGAACACUUCUCAACGAAUUCCACUGGUCCUCGAAUCAAUAUUUCUGCAACAGACGACAAUGGGAAAUCACUGGGCACAAGUGCAUCCAUCGGCAGAAAUUAUGAAGGUCCCUUGGAUGCUCUGAUUGAUCUGCGUGAGUAUGACGUACCCUACUUGAUGCGCGUUUGUAUUGACCUGAACAUCUUUGCGGCCCAUUGGUACACAGUACGUUGUCUUCCCGGUCAGGUGAUUGAGUUGUUGCUGAACGAGACGACUGCUGUAUGGCCGGAUCCCAUAGUAUUGGCCUUCGACAUUGAGACAACCAAAUUGCCACUUAAGUUUCCAGAUGCAACAAUCGAUCAGGUGGGCAUCUAUAAAACGCAUAAGGCAUAUAUGCAUCUGAAUGAGAUGUGGUUAUGCAGAAUUGUUGAUAAAAAUGGAAUGCUUCUCCAAGUAACCUGUUCUUAUGCAUCUUUUGAUUCUUUGUGGGUAAAACUCAUAUUUUAUCCUUCGAGACUAUGCUUACUGUUUUUUAUGCAGACUUGA